UUUGAUGAACUCGUUAAGCUCCUUCGCCCGAUCCCUAAGGAGGAGAUAUACCCCGAGUUUCCCACCGAGAAGCUCACUCGGUACAGACCGCAACAAGAAAGCGACAACGCGACACUAUUCUUCAAGGCGCCUAAGCUGGGCCACUACCUAGCUGGUAGUAGAUGCGAUCUAGCUGUGCGGCUGCUGAACGAAGCUAAGAUAUACGAGAUAAUUUUGCGCAAUCCACAUCUCAAUCUGGAUAGCUAUCUUGGCUGUGUCGAGGAAGAGGGCCGGCUCGUGCGCCUGGUUCUCAAGAACUAUAGCAAGUCCUUGGAGGACUGCUUUCAGUUCGGGCUGCUGGAGGAGUUCACUUUACAGCAGCGCAUGGAAAUCAUGGACGGGAUCGAAGCGGCAGCAGCGCAUAUGCACUCGCUAGGGUUUGCAUACAACGAUAUCAGCUCAUCCAAUAUCAUGUUCAAUGAGGUCGGGCGCGCUGUGCUGAUCGACUUUGAUGCUUGCGCUCCUCUGGGCAGUCCCCUUACUAAGGGUGGGCUAGUAAGUGGCUGG